AUGUAUUCUCAAAAGCGUCUCGCCGCUCUCUACAUCCUUCUGGGUGUGAUCUUCACCAAGCCCACGGAAUGCCUCCCCUCAACCGCACAGAGACUAUCGAACGACUGGACCGAACUCAGAUGUCACCAUCCUUCCGUAAGCCAUCCUGGCGGCGCUUCGAACACAGACACCCAAUCUGUCAAUCGACCUGGAUGUGCCAUUACCCUGAACUGUGUACCUGAAGGAAAAUACGGGCCAGCAAUUCUUGAUAGCGGACUGAUAAUGCCUCUGAACGUUACAGUAGCACUCUCCGAAGACGCUACUAUGGAUACGCAGCGUUGCAAGAAGGAACUGGAGGAACUUCUCUUCGGGGCACGAGAUGACGAACAGGAAGUUGGGGCAUCGGACACCCAACGACUCGACUCGGAGCAACCAAUCCUCCUUUAUCCCCGACAGGAAGAAACUCCCGAAACGAGCUCUGAAGGACAGAAGUAUCAAGGGAUUUUCGACUACCUUAUGUCGACAGUCCAGCGUCGGGGCGUUCACGCGGCAGACUCUGUCAAGGAACGCAAGGCGAAUUAUCAAAAUGAAGUUGCAUCGCAUUCCGCAAGAAAUAGUACGUCAAACUUCUCGAUGGACCUUAAGCAGGUGAUCUUCAAAAAGCGUCCGUUCAGCUACUACGUGACCCAAUGUGAGGAGAGCUUUUGCAACGGGUAUGAUUUGGAGAGGAGAUGUGACCCUAAUAGCCGGUCUCGACGAAAACCAAGGUUGAAGAAUACCUGCGAGUUCUGCUAUCCUCAACGAAACGACGACUUUAUCAAGCGCCAUUGCGAAAGAAGAAUAAAGAAGGAGAUGCGGGCUUUCUAUGGAAUCUGUGCACUGCUUGCAGUCUCCAUCGUGGUUGCUGUUAUCUUAUACGUGCUGCAUCGUACGGGAAGACUGCUGAGAAUCAAUUGUCGGCUCAUUCGGGGCAUGCGCAGAAGCAGAUUUCCAAGUAACCCCGUCACAAGCAACAGAUUCUCGUCAGCUGUUUUCUCCGAUAACCGCAUAGGCUCGACAAGGAGAUCGGAAGAUUCCACGAUAACCAACCCGGACUACGACGACUCAACGACGUUCAGCGAGUUUCAGCGCAAGUUCUACCAGCUCGGGACGACAAAGGGAUAUCGUAAGCGGAUUCAAGACGUAUUUGAUAUUGAGUCGCUGGAGCCCAGGAAUUUCGAGGAUGAGGAUUUGAAGGAUAGAGUUUUCGUGCUUCCUCGGGCGCCAAAUGCGACAGUACGAAGGAAGUCUGCGGAUAGUCUGAGACGGGUACGGGGAGAGCUGCGCGGCCCUAGACAGCUAGAAAUGGUAGAAGUUCAGUCGGACACUGUCCGUAGGGUGUUUCCGCAUGACCAGAGUGUUGUUUAG